AUGGCUGCGGCUUCCCUAGCUACCAUCGCGAAGGCCCGGUCUGCCACUUCCGCGCAGGCUGCCAAUGCCUUUAACACAGUGACCGGUCCGCCAGACUCGGGAAGUGAAGAGUCCGAUGCGGAAACCCAUGAUGAGGACAUUAACCGCCUUGAUGAGGCGAACAGAAAGAGCUGGCAUCGGCGGAAGGGCAACCCUAAAUCUGCAUGUAGUGGUUGCGGAGGCAACCACGAAAGAGCUGAGUGCAGAUUCAGGCAAGCCCUCUGCCAGCGGUGUGGCAGAAAGGGCCACAUCGCUCGGGUGUGCCGAGCAGCGCAGCCCAUGUCCUCUUCAGAAUCCCAAGCCGAGCGGUCUCGGCAAUAUCAAACCCGGACAGAAGGCCCCAAGAAAGCUAGAAUGGACUGCCAUGCCAUUCUCCGCAACUCUAACCACGGUCUCUCUUGCCACCAUCUGCAAAAGAAGAUCCAACUAACGGUGACGUUAGAAGGGAAGCCCUGCGAGAUGGAGCUUGACACCGGUUCCGCACGUCCAUUAAUUGGCACCCGUAAAGUCAGAGUGCAGUUCAAGGGGUUUGACGGCCGGUUACCUCUCAUCAUAGUCGAGGGACGGCUGCCCAGCCUGCUAGGUCUCGACUGGUUCCAGUCCCUAGGUCUGCAGGUCAGCGGAAUCCACCACCUCGGCGCAACUGCACUCGAUUGCCUGGUCAACGAAUUUCCAGCUGUAUUCGAUGGCACCUUAGGCAAAUAUACAGGCACACCUGUUUCUUUUAACCUCGACUCGUCAGUACAGCCGGUGCGAAUGAAGCCACGCCGAGUCCCCAUUGCACUCAAGCCGAAGGUGGACGUCGAGCUGGACAAACUCGUAGCUCAGGGCGUCCUCGAGCCAGUGGAUCAUGCACGAUGGGAAACACCCAUCGUGCUACCGAUUAAGCCGGACGGCAGCGUGAGGAUCUGCGCAGACUACCGCUGCUCCAUCAACCGUGCCCUGCCUUCCAACGCGUACCCAGUGCCAGUGGUCCAGCACCUCCUACACACUCUGGGCAAGGGGUCUAUUUUUGCGAAACUCGACCUUGCACAAGCGUAUCAACAACUGGUGGUGGACAAUGAAGCAGCUGAGGCGCAGACAAUCAUCACGCACCGGGGCGCAUUCCGUUGCCGCAGAUUGCAGUUUGGGGUGAGCAUUGCCCCUGGACUUUUUCAAAGUUUGAUGGAGCGGUUGCUCCAAGGACUCCGGGGCGUCGUCCCCUAUUUUGACGACGUCCUCGUAUCUGCAACAUCCUUAGAAGAACUCAUGGCCAGAUUGUGGGUGGUUCUUCAGAAAUUUCAACAAGUGGGACUCAAAGUCAAAAGAGACAAGUGCCAGGUUGCAGUGUCCCAGAUAGAGUUCCUUGGGUUCCUCAUUGAUGGCAGUGGCAUCCACCCCACUGCUGCCAAGACCAAAGCCAUCCUUGAGGCCCCUGCACCUACUAAUAGAGCUGAACUACAGGCCUUUUUAGCUUCCGCAUUCAUAGCUGUUAAACACCUCCUGAUCUCCAACGACGUCCUCGUCCAAUACAGCGAGCACUUGCCUUUAGUGCUCGCCUGCGACGCUUCACCCUACGGGGUGGGCGCCGUCCUUUCCCACCAGUUGCCUAGUGGGGCAGAAGUGCCUGUUGCCUAUUUUUCCCGCACUCUCUCUGCCUCCGAACGCAACUACGCGCAAAUUGACAAAGAGGCCCUAGCUAUUGUGGCCGGGGUGCGGCGUUUCCAUCACUAUUUGUACGGCCGCCCCUUCCAAAUUGUCACUGACCACAAGCCAUUGCUGGGGUUACUCGCCGGCGACCGCCCUGCCCCGCAGGUGCUGUCGCCCCGAAUGACGCGUUGGUCUGUGUUCCUCGCCUCCUACGACUACCUGCUCCUGCACCGACCGGGGAAGCAGAUCGCUCACUCCGAUGCCCUCAGCCGUUGCCCCUUGCCGGACGCUCCUGAAGACCCUGCUGCUGCCGCCCCCGUCUUCCUCAUUGAUGACCUCAACCUUCCAAUUUCUGCCACCGACAUCGCCCGGUUGUCCGCAAGGGAUCAGGUAAUAUCCCGGGCACUAGAUUGGGUUAGGCGAGGGUGGCCCAAGGACCCCGUAGAUCCCAUUUUUCUUCCCUUCAAAUCACGGCUGGCGGAGCUCUCCGUCCAGCGCGGCUGUCUGCUGUGGGGCCACCGCGUCGUGGUGCCUGCCUCACUGAGGACUACCGUCCUGCAACAGCUUCACCUAGCACACCCCGGCAUUGUCCGAAUGAAAGCCCUGGGCAGAAGCUAUGUCUGGUGGCCUAAGUUGGAUCAGGACAUAGCCGCCCAUGUUGCCGGGUGCCCGAAAUGCCAGGGCGCCCAAGCUUUGCCUCCCAAAGCCGAGCCCCGGACGUGGGAGCCACCAUCCUCCCCCUGGUCUCGAAUCCACAUUGAUUUUGCGGGCCCUAUUCAGGGCCGCAUGCUCUUGAUUGUUGUGGAUGCCUUCUCGAAGUGGGUCGAGGCCAUCCAGAUGUCCUCCACAACGGCGGACGCACUUAUCGCCACCCUCCGCCACGUAUUUGCCACCCAUGGGUUACCCGACGUGUUGGUGUCCGAUAACGGACCACAACUGACAGCUGCCAAGUUUGAGGCCUUCCUAGCUUCCCAGGGCAUCCGACAUGCCCUUACCUCUCCCUUUCACCCCUCUAGUAAUGGAUUGGCAGAGCGCACCGUGCAGUCCGUCAAGGAGGCCCUCUCCAAAAUGGAUCACCUGCCCUGGCAAGAACGCAUUGAUGCAUUCUUGUUGGCUCACCGCUCCACACCAUCCCCAGAAUCCAACACCAGCCUGGCCGAGCUCCUUAUGGGACGGCAGCUACGAACGACCCUUGACCGGUUGCACCCCGCCUACUCCACCCCAACGCCUUUGGAUUCUCAGGGAGGGACGAGAUCCUUCGCCCAGGGGGAGGCAGUGUAUGCCCGCAAUUAUGGAGGGCAUCCCUUGUGGCUACCGGGCAUAGUAACUGAUCAGACCGGGCCCUGCUCCUACAGGGUCAGGCUCCUCGACGGCAGAACGUGGAAACGCCACUGCGACCAGUUGCGGAGCAGGCACCCAGUGCUACCACACCAGCAGCCACCGACCAACCCAUCGAGUCCAACAGCGCCGACCAGCGACGGGGAACCCAGAAACGAGGAGGCCGCCGGAGAACAGGCAGCCAGCGCUCUAAACCGAAGCGGCGACUUACCUGGUGGGCCAGCACCCUCCUGUGUUCUUCCUCGACGACCCGGGCAAUCACCAUCCUCCGGCGCAGGGUCCUCGGCCGAGCAACCAGAGCCUCCAAGCAGGGCAGAAGUGCCCCGGGCAUCCGGCCGAAUCAGGCGGCGGCCAGCGUACUUGCAAGACUACGCUUGCGCGAACUUAGAGGGGAGGGGUGUUAUGUUCUGA